AUGUAUUCCGGCAAAAAGAUACGCAAUCAGUCUGACAAUUUCUUCACCAAGGGCGAUCCAGUUGAAUACAGGGCGCGCUUUCAGCCAGUCGCCUCUCUAUUCGCCAAAAGACAUUACGAUCAAUGCGAACCGAAUGUUCAAGAAAAUGUGGAGCGUUUCAGCAAAUUUCUCAGCUCCUAUGCUCAGCAUCAGAAGCCUGUAAAUUUGGCUAUGGGGUAUCGCUCACUGUUCUUGAAAAUUAUCAACGACUUCAUCUUUAGUAGCAUCCCUGAAACCAUGAGAUCUCUAGCAAACCAGGACUUUGACGAUCCACUUUGCCUUGCUACUUUUGCGGCAAUAAACUGGACAGAAUGGUUUUCCACGAAUUUCCCGAGGUUGAAUAUGCUCGCCUUGCAACUACCGCGACGACUAGUGAGCCUUGUCACGACGGGUUAUGAUCCAACAUUUCAGGUAUAUGACAUUGUCCGGGAGCUCGUACAACACGAAAAACACUCAAAAACUGCUAAAAACACAAACUGCUUGAUGCAACGCUUUAUUAAUGCACACCUGGAGAGCAAAUCGCAGAAUACGGUACCCCUUUCCGAAGUUGUCUUGGAAGACGAAACUAUUCUCACCAUGUACGGUGGCAUUGUUGAUUUGGCAAAUAUUGUGCCUUUUGGCACUUUCAUGGUAUCAGAAGAUUCACGGCUUCAACAAAGACUUUACGAGGAGCUCAAGUCUGUUUGGCCGGACCGUAGCGCAUCGGUCCCUUCAUACGAAGUUUUACGACACCUUCCACUUCUCGCUGUGGUAUCUGCUCCAUCCUAUUUCGUACAUAUGGACCCAGUGGCAUAUCCUGACCCAAAACGUUUCGAUCCUGAAAGAUGGAUAAAAAACGACCACCCUGGCCCAAUUGUGGCCUUCUCAAAAGGGCGCAGAAUGUGCCCUGCUGUCCAUCUUGCAAACAUCGAGAUGUUCGCCACGUUCGCAACUGUUUUCCGUCGAUACAUCGUUGUUUCAUAUGAAACCUCCAUCGAAGAUUUCGAAUGGAGCCAGUAUUUUUCCAUUCACUUCACUGGCAGACAGCUGCGAGCCCUUCUCAAAGAGAGGGACCUCUGA